UUACAAUUCAUGAGGUUUGUGAGUGCUAGGCUGCUAGCUUGGCUGGACAAAUUUGACCAAAGAACCAAAAAAGGAUAAUUAAAAAACAUUAGUACUCUUUGCAUAUAUAACUCUCUCAUUGCUACAUUAAUAUCACUACAUAACCAUAGCUACAUCUAAGUUUAACAAUGGAGCAAUGGAAAGACCUGAGUGGUAAAGUAGUGAUGGUGACAGGGGCCUCCUCGGGAAUCGGGAAAGAGUUUUGUUUCGACUUGGCGAAAGCUGGUUGCAGGAUCAUUGCUGCAGCCCGUCGUGUUGACAGGCUGAAAGCUCUCUGCAACCAGAUUAACUCGGAGGGCCAAGCCCUCCGUGCAUUCACUGUCGAGCUUGAUGUCAUGGCCGAUGGCGCUACUAUUGAGGCUUCCGUACAAAGAGCUUGGGAUGCCUUUGGACGUAUCGAUGCCUUGAUUAACAAUGCUGGCGUUAGAGGUAGUAUGAACUCUUCACUGGAAUUGUCAGAGGAGGAAUGGGAAAAUACUUAUAAGACGAAUCUAAGAGGGGCAUGGUUGGUUUCAAAAUAUGUUUGUAAACGUAUGCGCGAUGCUAAACAGGGCGGAGGAUCUGUUAUUAAUAUAACUUCGAUAGCUGGUCUGAAUCGAGUUAUAUUAGCAGGGUCUAUUGCUUACGGUUCUUCGAAGAUGGCUCUUGACAUGGUCACUAAGACAAUGGCACUUGAAUUGGGAGUUCACAACAUCAGAGUGAACUCUAUAGCACCAGGAAUAUUCAAAUCCGAGAUAACAGAGAGCCUUUUUAAACAGAAAUGGUUCCAUGAAUUUUUUUAUAAAACCCUUCCUCAGAGAUAUCUUGGAGCAACGGAUCCGGCUUUAACAUCAGUAGUUCGAUAUUUGAUCCAUGAUUGUUCUGAAUAUGUAACUGGCAAUGUCUUCGUUGUUGAUGGUGGAGGUACUUUACCCGGUGUUCCCAUUUUCUCAUCGUUGUAGAAGAUGGGAGUGAUAAUUUAGUAUUGUGCAACCUGCACUAAUAAUGCAAUAGUUAAUUAAUAUUGUUGGUUUUGUCUCAUUGUAUUAAUCAUAUUGGUCAAUUCGUAUAUCAUUAAUACACUUUAUCUCACAAUUGCA